AUGCCCGGUGAAUUUGAAAGUGUACCGGAGCUGUCAGCGGGCUCUCAUCAAUUUCGCAAUCUGUUGGACGACUUCAUGGGGCCAACUCAACUCAGAAAUAGUUUCAAUGACCUGAAUAAUCACGGUUUCGAGUUUCUGGGACAAUCCAAUACAAAUUCAAGUUCAAGUUCAAAUGUUAGAUAUACAAAUAGUAAAAACCGAGAAUCAUACCUUGUGAGUCGUUUUACAAAGAUUAUUGCUUCAAGCUUACUGUUCCAGGAUCAAAAUAUACCGGUCGGAAAUUUGUUAGACGGAUUCGAUUUCAUAGAAAAGCCUUCCGUGCCUUAUAAGGAAACUCUAGUGGAUGUUAGCGACAGUAGGACAAAGCUAGAUCGAGAUCUGAAUGAAGAGGGAUUAAUAGUGGCACUUCUUCAAAGGAAAAUCAAUGGUCUUUAUUUCAAAAAGAGCCACGAGGAGUAUGAAGAGCCGAGAGUUUUUGAAAUUCCAGCUGGAACAAUGGUUCGAGAAAUGGCUGAUGACGACUGGAAGAUACCCGAACUGAACGAAUGGUACUCGAAAAAUAGGUUGAAUCGUAUACAAGAAAGAAUAGCUACACCAAUGGAGAUUCAGGAACUCGAUUGUAAUCCAAGGAUAUGUUCCAUGGUGACAAGGACGGAUGUGAUGCGAAUAAGUCAGGAUCAGGCAAUACAUCUUCUGUCUGUGAAGCCUGAGAAUCGACUGGAACUAUACCACAAUAUCGAAAGAUUCAAUUUUAUUGUUAACCUGAGAGUUGGAAACCGAGUGGAAGUUGAUGUCGACGACACAAUGCGCAGAGUUCCAGCAAAAGUCUCAUGGAUCGGAGAGAGACAACAAGAACCGGGAAUAUGGUACAACGUCGACUUCGACACGAACGCUUCUCAGUGGCCAUCAAAUUCAUACUCAUCUCAUGACCGGUUAAAUCGACACUUUGACACAAAUUGGAACUUAGACAUGUCUGGAUCGUCAUCGGUGGCAGCUUCGAAUUCACGUCUCUAUUACUCUCCCAACCAAAUGCACAUGCCGAUGAAAGGCGGCGGAGUGUCAGCACUCUACGAUAAUAGACGACUGGUGCAUUAUAACGGAGCAGAGGAAAGCUACCGAAAUUCUGCUUAUCCAAAACCACCACCCUCACAGGAAAGAAUAAUUCCGGUGACGAGGCAACAAGCGGAAUUUGAACGACCUAGCAGAGCGAUGAGACCUCCGGAGCCGGACUACAAUACAUAUUCAAAUCAUCAUCACCCACUUCCACCAGCACCACCAGUGGCACCUCGUACAUCUCACUCCUCCAGCUUGAAUUCAUACGUAGGACAGCCUAGUCGGAGUAAAAGUGUUCACACAAUGCAAAGAAACUUAUAUCAUAGACAACACAUAGCAGAGCAAAAUGAACCUGUGGAAAGUGAUCAGCUGGGUUUCCGAGUUGAGGAUCAAUGUAUUUGGAACAAUAAUGGAGUAGAAGAACGAGGAAUAAUCAAGUUCAUUGGAUUUUUGAAAGGACACAAAACGCUAUAUGCUGGUGUUGAAUUUAAAAAUCAAAUUGGAGCAGGAACUGGAGUUUUCAACAAGGAACAACUAUUCCAUUCAAAAGACGGACAUGCUGGAUUCGUUGAACUCUCAACACUCGAGUCAACGUCUUCCACUUCAUCAAGUUCUUCUUCUUCUGCACAACAUCGACGUCGUCUUUCUUCUUCGCGGAGUCAACAGAUGCCUGCUGCGUCUGGGACAUCAAUCAGCGUUCCAGUCAAUGUGCGGCACAACAUUAAUGGGAAACAAGCUUCGUCAGAAUCUCUUUCUGAUCCACCACCACCACCAUACGCCCCACCAUCGCCGCCACGAGCUUCUUCUGCAGCUGCUGCUCAUCAGCAACCACCACCUCUUCCACCAAAGCCGAUCGCACACGUAGAAGAUUAUCUGAUUGAAUCGUAUGAUAUUGGCAGUCAUGUGGUAGUCGCACAUCUCGGAGCUCAACGUAAUGGGGUUGUUCGGUGGUUGGGGAACGAAGUUGACGAGCAAGGAGAACGAUUGGUUCGAUCGGCGAUCGUCCAACUCGACGAUGACGUUCCCACUGCUUGGAGAAGAAGUAACGAAGCAAUAACAUAUUGUGGAAGUCCGGUGACAGGAGGAGUUCUCGUUCCGGUGCAAGCUUUAAGACACAACAGAGCAGCAUCUUCAUCCAGUGGACAUUCUGUUCCAAUGUCUUCUAAUUAUCCAACAAGUCACAAUACAAUAAACAGAAGAACGGAGGAAUUUGGAAGUAUGGAUUCUGGGGUAGAGAAACAUCAUUGUGGGCCGGCGAAAGAUAUUCAACAACUGGUCGGAAGGCAAAAAGGAAUUCAGGGAUACUGUAAUUCUUGCUACCUGGAUGCGACAUUAUAUGCGAUGUUUGUACAAAGCACUUUCUUCGAUUUCCUCCUCGAAAAAUCAAUCAAAGGAAAUGAGAAAGCUUCCCAGUUUCAGAAAAUUUUGGCUCAAGAAAUUGUAUUCCCACUGAGAAAAGUGCAUUAUGUGAGAGCUGACCAUGUGAUGAAGCUUCGAAAGCUGCUCGCCGAACUUAUGCCACAUGUCACAGGAUUGACGAAUGAAGAAAAAGACCCAGAAGAGAUAUUGGGAUUCAUUUUCUCAGAGAUUUUCCAUGCGGAGCCAUUCAUCAAACUAAUUGGACAGAAUCGUGCGAAGGAUUCUCAAUAUCUUGUUCCGAUUGUUGUGGACGAUUGGCAAGGAGGGGCUGCAACAUCCCAGCAUCUACUUGAAAGACAUAUGCGUUCUGCUCAAGUAACUUUCGCAAAAUCACCUCCAGUUCUGAUAAUGCAACUUCCGAGAUAUGGACAACAAAAAGUAUUCGAUAAGAUUCUACCUCUUGAGACCAUCGAUAUCACUCCGUUUGUUGCUGGAGCUGUUCCUGCCUGUACAAGUUGUGGGGCAUGCUCGGAAGUUUAUUGUCCAACGUGUUUUUUGACUAGAAGAGUAUUCUAUUCGGAAAUCAUCUUCUGUCGGAAGUGUUUCCAUCACUCUCAUCUCUUGCCAGAAAUCCAAGACCAUCAGAGCCGUGACCUAUUCCCACCAGCCAAACCAGUCAAGAAGCCACAUUCGCACAAAAUGGUCCUAUCAGCAGUACUUUGCAUUGAAACAUCUCACUAUGUUGCAUACGUACGAUCAUCUACAAAUCAAUGGAUUUUCUUCGAUUCGAUGGCUGAUCGAGAAGGAUUAUCGGAUGGAUUUAAUGUUCCAGUUGCCAGAGAAUGUGGAAAUAUGUCAGAUUGGUUAUCUCUACAAGGAUGGAAUCGGUUGAAGGAUGCAGAUGAAACAGGGCAGAUUAAGGUGAUUGGAGUUUUUUUUCUAUUUUCACAAGUAAUUAUCGACUUUUUCCAGGCAAUGUUCGGAAAGGCAGCAUUGGAUCCGCUGGUCGGACGCCUUCUCUCGGACAGCUACAUAUGUUUCUACGAAGAUGCUUCUGCAACCUGUCCAUCCUCAUCUUCGAAUUUGAUUAGUACUUUUAAGAAUAUGAUGAAUUAG